AUCGACUGGACCCGCCCUUUCCAGAACCCGCAUCGAAAUGCUGGAUAUCAAUCGAAUCACCCAGCUUGCUACUGAAGCUGCAGAAGAAUCGGGAUCGGAAAUCACUUGGAAGGAAGCCGAAGCGAGAGCAAUGGAACCAACCAAGAAGAUCCUCGAGCUCCUCGACCUCAUCCUCCUCGACCUCAUCCUACCACCGAUCCACCAAUCGCCUCCCUCCCUGCAGUCCCUGCAGUCCCUGCAGUCCACCGAGCGCUCCAAGCUCGAUCUCACUGAGUACAUGCGCUCGAAGGGUGAACAGCUGAGCUCGCAACUGCUUUCCGGUAUCAUCGACAAGUUCCCUGAAGGCCUCGACAUUCUCUCUGAGGCGUCGACGCGGUCGCAUGUCGAAGCGGCAGUUUACGUCAACGACCCCCUGCUUGGAGUCUUUCGGGAGGCGUUUACCGCCGUCACCGGGAACAAGGAUUUUGUCAAUCCUGUGUCAGCCUCGACCUCGGCAACAUCCAUCUUUCUGUCAUACCCCCCUGCCUCCAAGCAGAAGAAGACUUCGGUUGUCGAUCCAACUUCGGUUGUCGAUCCAACUUCGGUUGUCGAUCCAACUUCGGUUGUCGAUCCAACUUCCGUUGUCGAUCCAACUUCCGUUGUCGAUCCAAAUUCGGUUCCUUCGAUCACCGAACUCGAUGCAUGGACCUCGAGGCUGCUGAAGAAGCAGAAGUGGGCCCGAACUUACAUAGCAGACGUCUGGCCUGUUCAGAUGAGGAUUCCUUAUAGGGAUUCGAAAGCAGAAUCAUCGCCUACCUACAUUCGGCACACCUUUGGUGGUGCUAACGGCAAAGUCAGGUCGAAAGUUAGGUCCAUUAUCGGUCAAGCGAUCCUGUUCCGGUAUACAGUUCAUACCAUCGUACAACGGCUGAUCAGCGGCGGGGGGACGGUCAAUGUCUUCUCCGGAGCUUACGCUCGACGCGCCUUCGAGGCGGCGCUCGACGUCGUAGCGAACGACGAUAGCGUAUCCAUAUACCGUGCUACUACGCCUGUAUACACGGUCGUCUACAAGAGGUCGAUCAAUCUAUUCAUACCCCACCUCAGCUGCGUGCGGGUAGUCACUGCAACAGCUGCUAAUGCCUAUCGUAUCGAUGCGACAUUGUCCUUACUGAGACUUGUCGCCACAUGUGCGACAACACGCAUGGCUAUCGUGGAUUUCAGUGAGUGCCGCAUGGCCAUCACGGGAGGACUCGAGAUCCCUGAAGGGCAGCUGGAAGUGGCCGGGGCCGACAUCAUCCGAGCGAGACGCAGCAAGACGGCGGCCGAAAAAGCCGAACAACGCAUCGCUUGGCACCACGCAAAGGCGGCUGCUAUCAUUCGAGCUUACACAGCUCGACAACUCAGGAAUCGCGAUCCGGCGAUUCGCGCAGCUCGACGACUGAAGGAGCAAGACCCCGAGUACCGAGCUCGCUGCCGCGAUCGUGCUCGCAUUCGUCGAUACGAUCCCGAACUUCGCCCUGCCUACCUCGCUCGCUGCCGCGAUCGUGCUCGCAUUCGCCGAUACGAUCCAGAACUUCGCCCUGCCUACCUCGCUCAAAAGGCUCAAUACGCGAGAGCUUACCGACGCAGGAGCGCCCACGCCCGAGCAUACGGGAGGGCCUACGGCCAACAAUACAGGCAGCGGCCCGACAGAAUCAUCGCGGAAAGGGAGAGGUCUCGCCGUAGACAAGCAUCGAGGGUCUAUACGCCAAAGACGCUUGCCAAAGCUAGAGAGGGCGCUUUCAAAUACUACUGGAAGAACAAGGACAAGGUUCUCCAAAAACACGCAGAGAGGCGAGCUCGGAUCAAGGGAGACGAGCAAGCGUACCAAGCCGCCCGCGAGCAAGGACGAAAAUGGAGCCGUGCCUCGUAUGCAAAGCGUGCAGAGAGCAUCAACACGAAGAGAAAGCAGGCCCGCAACGACAUCAAGGAGAACGACCCGGAACGAUAUGCGAAGUCUCUCGAGCAGUCCCGCAAACACGCGGCGAAGUCUCAUGUCAAGAAAGCGGCCGCGAAGCAGACGCUAAAGACGGAGAAUCCGGACGAGUGGGAACGACAACAGCAGAAGAAGCGCGACUACGAGAAAGCUCAACAUCAAAAAAAGCGAAGUCCCGCCGCCAUCGCCAAUGCGGAGCUGAGAGCGCUCAAGCAGUCGGAUCCCGAUGAAUGGGAACGACAACACAAGGCCAAACAACGAGACCAGAGGAGGGCGGCUCUCAUCAAACGUCAAGCGGCGAAGGGGAAGACCGUUGGGCCUCCUAGGAAGGCUUCAUCUCGCAAAGGAAAGGCGCCGAUUCGGUGAAGGAUAGCAUCAACAUCCCCCUACCCCGCCUCUACGUCGUCAACUGGCAUCGACGCAAGUGACGGUUUCAUGAUUUCGAUCUCGAUUCUUCUCUACGUUAUAAUCCACCUUCGUAUCUGUACUCUCGACUGUCUUACGCUCGCACUAAUCACGAUUGUCGUCGACAUAGACCGCAUGAUCCGAAUCCACUUAUGCAAUACGAUAUCGAUACGCAAAGUUUGUGGGAGUUCACAAAGUAAACAAACGGUCGCUUUUUUAAACAGCGUGAAAGUCACCCCGCCGACCGUUGUUUUUCGCUCGAUCGGACGUCGAUUUCAAACGACACUGCCGCGGAUCUGGGUUCCGUAUGGUUGAAGCGGUAUGCAGCUACAUGCAGAUGGGGUUCGAGGCAUGAGCGAUCCUAGCGAUUUUUCGCACCAUUAGCUGGGAGACGAACGAA